GUAUCACCAGCAUCCUCCACGAUGAAGAGGAGUACAGGACGAGGUAUGUCCAACCUGCCGGUCCCAAAGGCAUCCAAGGGCAGCCCUUCCACGGCCACAUCGCACCUAGCCAGGGGAAGGGGCAACAUUGCCCGGUCAGCUGAAGACAUCCCCCGUCAAGUCAACCUCAGUGUUGGUGGAGGUCAGGGUACCUCGGCCAGAAGGGCCGUCUCUCCUGGCAGUGAUCAGAGGAAAGGCUUAUCGCCAGUUCGGACACCAACAUCUCAGGCUGGUGUCCGCUACAUCACGGAGGAUAUGAUCAAGAAGAUGGCGAAGGAAGAUAACUAUGACAUGAUAACAAGCCUCAACCUGACGCUUGGUCGGGAAGGAGGCAAGAAAAUCAAGUACAUUGAGAACCUGGAGAGGCUGAAGAAGCUUCACACCCUCAACCUCAGCAACAACAUGAUUGAGAAGAUGGAGAAACUGGACAAGCUGCUGCGUCUCCGAGAUCUCAACCUGUCACAUAAUUCCAUAGUGAAAAUAGAGGGCAUCGAAAACCUGGUCUUUCUGCAGACACUCAACCUCAGCUGGAAUAAGAUUGAGCACAUUCCGCCAUGGAUCGGCAAGAAACUCAAAGCUCUUCGCAACUUUAAUCUAGGUCAUAAUCAGCUUGCAUCGCUCAGUGAGCUGUCCAAGCUGAAGCCAAUCCCUGACCUCACACAGCUCGACGUGAGUGGCACUCCGCUGUCAGAGCUGCCACACUCCCGGCUGUACAUCGUCUUCCACCUGCGCACUGUAGCCACUCUUGACGCUGUUCAUGUCACAGCUCAAGAGCGGGACCUGGCUCAGCAGAGGUUUGCUCAAGGAGAGUUGGAGAACAUGUACAGUGGAGGAGAGCAGCUGGAGCAGGAGGAGGUGAAGAACCUGCUGGAGGAGAGCCACAACAAGUCGCUACAGGAGAAGUCCCUGCAGGAGGUCACCACCAACCAGAUGAAGGUCAAGGACAAGGAACGCCAAGAUCAGGUGUCAGAGCUGCAGAGAGAACUACAGGUCAAGAAUGACCUGCUGAAGAAGAAGAUGUUAGAGCUAAACAAGGCGUGUGAGAAGCACUACCAGCUGGAGCAGGAGCUGGCCUUCUACAAGAUAGACUCCAAGUUUGACAGUCUCAGGGAAGUCCCUCGCCCUCAGGUCUUGGACGAUGAUGAGGAUGACAGCGGUCUCCUGGGUGAGAGCCCCUACAUUGGCCGAGCCCGCUACAAGGCCAACCAGUAUUCCCAGGAGGGGUCACUGCUGGCCACGCCCCAGAAGAUACAGAUACACUCUAUAGCAUCUUCCCCUGCCACGCCCGCAGAGCGGCCUGAGGUGCUGGGGCAGUACCACCAGGCAAUCACAGCGCAGGUUGCAGACAAACAGCGGGAGAUACAGCUAGCUGAGGAUCGGCUGCGAAGUCUCCAGUCCAAUCUUAGCGCCACAGAGGAUAAACUGGUCCAAGCAACGCAGGAGCUGAAGAAGAUGUCGGAGCGCAAGACUCCGGAGCCGUUCAGUGAGGACAACAAAUACAAGAUGAGGCAGAAGCUGGCCAAGAAGAUGAAGUCGGUAAAUGAAAUGCGUGACAGUGCAACCCAGAUGGAGACUGAGAUCGACCGCCGCCAACAGAAGGUCCAGGAGAACAAGGGCAACCUGCUACAUUGCGCCUCCAAGGAGCAGAUCGCACAUCUUGGCGCCAGGAACCCAGGCGUUCCAAAGAAGAAGGCUGAGAUGGUUGACAAGGAGCAGCAGAUCUCGGAGGACAACCAGGUGUACAGCGAGCUGCAGAACCAGCUUCAAGACAUGUUGCAGACGGUUGCCAGGGAAACGUCUGACAUCAAGAAGCUGGAGCAGCAGCUCAAUGAAGAGCGUAUUGAGGCCAACGAGGAGCUGCGUCAGGAGCUGGACGACGUGGUGGACGGUCUCCAGGGUUACCUGCAGAACGUCAAGGACCAGAGCGCCCGUCAGAAGGAGGACUUCGAGCAGGUGGUGAAGGAGAAGGAGAGUCUGGAGGAGCGGGUGCGACGUCUGGAUACGGAACUCAAGAUCAUCAACAGGGAGGCUGAAGAGGGCCAGACUUGGCAGAGGCAGGAGCACCAGGCCCAGGACCUCAACAAGUCCCUGAACGACCAGCUGCACCGCAGCCGGCAGCUGGAUCCCGAGCUGCAGGACCGGCUGGAACAUGCCGAGAUGGAGGCGCACAACCUACGCAGAAGUCUGAACGACACUGAGAAACGGUCCCAGAUGGAGAGGAAGAACAUGGAGAAGCAGCUGCAGGUGGAGAGAGGAAGAGCGGAGCAGCUAGCACGGCAACAGAAGGAUGGAGGCAGAUCCCUGGAGCAGCUGAGGAAGAUGGAAUCCCAGCUGGAGGCUGCCAAGGGUCUGAAUGCCUCCCUGCGGGAACAGUUAUCGGAGACGAGGAAGCAGAGUGCUUCUGACACCAAGGACACCUUCAGACCCAGUGACCUCAAGAAGAGGCUAAAGGACCUCACUCACAACUUCAGAGCUGGCAAGGGUCCCCUCCCCCCACAGAGCAGUGACGACGUCCUAGGGAAGACCUUCCACGACCUCCACCACUACGUCCAGGACAAACUGAACAAGAGCAACCGAGAGGUGGAGGAGGCCAGAAAGCAUAACCACAAGGCAUCUGUGGAGGUGCAGACUCUCAAGGAAAACCUGAAGAAGGCAGAAGCCGACCUUGCCAAGAGAGGGGGAGAAGACAGACCCAGAGAAGAUGAGGCCCGACAGCGGAAUGAGAGUGCAGAGAUCAGUAGACUUGAGGAUGAAAUUCGAAGGCUGAACAAGGCUUUGCAGGAUGCUGAAAACAGAGCACGACAGGAGCGUCCAAGGACCCGUGUUACAUAUGCACCAAGCUCCGACUCCGACCGAGUGAGCUCGUCCCUCAACUCAGGAGGAGAGUAGAGAGAAGCUUAGGUGUAUGAUGAACUCCAGCGUGAACUGAUGGAGCUCUUAUGGAGCGGAGGAACCACGAGGCACCAGGAGGAGGAGAGUGAGAGAAGGGUGCUGGAUGCAGAGAAUGAGAUCGCGCUGCUGACAGAGGAGAUGCAGCAGAGGGAGGAGGAGUUUGAGAAGGAGCUGGAGAAACAGAGGCAGGAGGCGGAGCUGAUCAGGGAGAAGCAGGAAGCCCGCAUCCAAGUGAUAGCAGAUGACCUUGACCUGGCUCAGCAGGCUGCGGACCACCUGCAGGGCCUGCUGGAGACGCGGGACGGACAGAUGCAGGACGACAUACAGGAGGCUGACAUGUCCAACCAGAUGAUGGCUGCCCAGGAGGAGGAGUUGACCCGUCUGUAUGACAUUCUGGAUGCUCAGAAGGAGGAGAUGGAGAACCUGAACCAGAUGCUGGACUACCUGGCCCAGCAGGGACCCGAGGGAGUUGGCCCUGGGUUUGACGACGAGUUGUGGCGUAUCAGACAAGAGGUGAACAACUUGAAGGAGACACUUGCCAUGCAGUCAGCCUAUGUCCAGACCAUGCCUCCUGACCAUGCCGGGGCAGCGGGGGUGGCCGCGGCGGCACAGGCAGGAGUCGGCGUUGGGGUUGGUGCUGCACCCCCCUACAGACAACCACCUGUGGUGCCACAGCCAACGAUGUUUGCGCAGCAGAAUGCACCCCCUGGGUCAGUUCAGGUUGGGUCAGCCCCACCCUCCAUCCGCCCCACCCAGCAUCCCACACGACCUGCAUCUAGUCCAGCCCAGGCCCCAGCACCCCACUCCUCACCCGCGGGACGGACCUCCGCCCCCCUGCUGCACUCCUCACCGGCCACGCCCCUUCUCCACAGCUCCCCAGGACACAGUCAGGCAGCUUCAGGAAACGGCAGCGUCCCCCCACCCAGCGCUAUGUCUGUACCCAUCAUGGGAGGCAAUCUGGGUGCUCACCUCAGCUCACCUCCUCGGAUUCACAUGCUGGAACACCUCGGCACCCAGAGACGGGAGUCAAAGGCGCCUCCUGGUGCCAAACCUGGCAGUGGGCGACCAACAGAGUCAACUCCAGUCAGACAGUCAGCGCCACCUGGGGCAGAAGUUGAUGAUGCAGAUCGUCUCAGUCAGCGCAGUGAGCGUGCCACAAGUCGCAUUUUUGGGCGUAGCCGACCUCAGAUGCGUAGGAAAGCUUCGCAACCUUCAGCCUUUGAGCCUGUGUACAGACCUCAACCUCACCACGCACAGUACAACUCUCCCCCACCCCCAGGCUACCCCCCAGCUGACCCCAACAUGUACGUUGGAGGGACACCAGCGCAGCCUGUGGGUGGAGAGGGAGGAGUGGCGCCCUGGGGAGUGCCAACUUCGCCAGGUAUUGCCGGGCCACCACACGGAGUGCCCGUCCACGGCCAUGUAGUUAGUGGUGGCCAUCCAAUGCCUGGCCCCACCCCAGGACAUACUCCGGGGCACGUUGAGGGUACAUAUGCUCCCUUAGACCCCAGCCACACCCAGGGACUUCCUGUAGCAUCCCAAACAGAUCCAAGAGUUGCCUUUGGUCCAGUUAAUACUGAAUAUUCCUACCCUGUAGGUUAUCCUGAAGGAGACUACCCCGGAUACCAGCCUGGUUACCCAGGGUUACAACCUGGGGUACAGCCAGGAGUACAACCUGGGUUCUACCCCCUACCCGCUGGGGGCUCACCUGUCCCCCAAGGGGGUUAUUCUGUGGGUCAGCAGGUAUACAUCCCGACAGGGCCAGCACAGAGUGUGGGGUAUAAGCCUGGAAGAGUCUAUUAUUCAGCAGGUGGGAAAACACCAGUCAGGAUCUACUACCCUACAAAUGGAAGAAUCCCCAUGCCUUCAUCUGGUCCACCCCCUCCGCCGGGAAUGCAUAGUGUUGGAGUUAUCUCCCCUGGACCUCGCCCAGGAUCCAUGCCAGUGACACCUAUUGCUACGGGGACUCCAAUUUCGGAUUCCAGACUUUCGACAACUGUCAACUUUGAUGGAUCAUUCAUAACACCUCCAAGCCCGAUACGAUCUGUUGCCAUGGAGUCUCCGGUAGCUCCCAGGGGAAUUCUGAAGAAUGGAGGAGACGGAGUUGCUGUGGAUGAUGACAGCUAUCUGUUCUGUAACGUCCCAGAGCAUCAUGACCUGGAGGACUACAUUGCUGAACUGCAGGAGAAACUGAGAAAAGUUCAAAUCAAGAUUUCACAUCAAGAGGACAUUCAUGAGGAGAUAAUUAUGGAUGAAGAGAAGAGGCUCAUCCACAGACUCAAGACCGAGCUGGAGGAUCGUCGAGAUGAGCUGGAAGGCCUUGACCUUGCCAUUGAGAGGCAGAAGAAGAACCUCAAGAAACUGAAGUAUAAUGAGAAGAGCAUCCGGGAGAAGAGGUCGUCAGCCAAGGAGGAGCUGGAGUUCCUCCGCAUGAGGAACAUGAGGAGCACCAUCAAGAACAAACAGAGGAAGUACGAAGAAGACGACAGCUUGGAUGAGUCGGCGUGUCGCAGCCGUCAGACAUUCCUGCAGGAUGAGAUCGCGUGUCUGGAGAAGACUCUCGCCAAGAGGACCGGGCAGUUACGGGAGGCAGACAAGCUGUUGAAGGAGUGUAACACUGACCUCAAGGAUGCCCGCGAACAG